GUCCUAACCGGACCCCGCUUCCUUGUGGGACCACCCGGAGACCAGUCUCUGCCAAACUAGGUCACGACCCGGGCCUCCGCGCAGGGCGGAAUGACGCUCCCGCUGUUGCCUUAGAAACUGCUGCGGGCGCGCGGGCGCUGGAACGCCGUUACCAAGGCGACGACUCGGCGUCCAGAAACAAGCCUCUAGCAGCGCGCUGGGGGUGGGGCCUGCGCAUAGGACCAGCUCUAAUUGGUCGAAAGGGCAGGUCUCUCACCUCGCUUACCAAUAGGACCCCGGUCCGUCUUGCACAUGCGCAGGAUUUUAACAACCCAUCCCGGCAGUUGGUGAGUCCUAAGACCCGGAUGCAAAAAAGAACAGCCGCCAGCGAGGGGAGUUCGCAAACUGAGCUGCUCUGCAGAUUCCUCUCUCCGAGGACGGGAGCAGUUCUCAGGCGUGAGAGGCCUCUGACAAUGAGCCUUCGCCGGCGGACACCGCGCCCGUCUUGCUUACUGAGGCUCAUGGGAAACGUAGUCCGAAGGGAGAGCGGUGCCGUCGGAGCAGGGCCCUGAUUGGCCACCGCGACGUCACCAGGGCAACGAACGGAGGGGCGUGGCGUCCAGCUAAAGAUGGGCGGGGCGUCGCGGUGCCGCUGACCGGAAGCGGCCUCCGGCGCCGGCGCGGUGGCGGAGGUGAGCGCGGUCGGGCUGGGCUGGGCGCCGUUUCUCCACCUCCCGGGACCCAGCCCCUCCUCCCUGCGCUCGGGGGCGCCGCCGACCUCCCGACGUGCCCUGCGCGCCCCACUUCCGAGCCGCUCCUUCUCGGGGCAUCGUGCCGCCUCCUCCGGGAAGACCUCAUCCCUCUUUCCAUUUCCGGAAGACGAACCCCGGAGACUGGUCUCCCGGGUCGGACAGCCCCCCAGGUCCCUCUCGGUGGCUCCAAGAAGGCUCCCGGCACCAUCAUGCCAUCCUCCCUGGGCCCCCCGCGCCUGCCCUCCGUGAGCCCCGCAGCCGCCCUGGAGGACCCUGAGGCGGCGCGCCUGCGCUUCCGGGGGUUCUGCUACCAGGAGGCAGCUGGUCCCCCAGAGGCCCUGGCCCAGCUCCGCGAGCUCUGCCGCCAGUGGCUGCGGCCGGAGGCGCACUCCAAGGAGCAGAUGCUGGAGCUGCUGGUGCUGGAGCAGUUCCUGGGCGCGCUACCCCCCGAGAUCCAGGCCUGGGUGCAGGGCCAGAGGCCAGGCAGCCCCGAGGAGGCCGCAGCUCUGGUGGAAAGCCUGCAGCAGGACCCCGGGCAGCUGCUGGGCUGGAUCACAGCCCGUGUCCUGAAGCGAGCAGUGCUCCCUGCAGCACAGAAGGCAGAGGACUCACUGGGGCGUCUACACGCUUCAGAGAGAGUCCAGCGGCCGCAGGAUGCCCCGAUGGAGGUGGAGGGGUCUGCCCAGCUCAGCUGCAGCGUGAAGAAGGAGCCUGAUGCUGACGGGCAGGAGACGGCAUCCGGCAGUCCCCCACAUCCAGUCCAGUCCCAGGAGGGGCCAGUGGGACCUGGGGAACCAGACUCUGCCUCCUUCCACGCCCCCAGAAUGCAGGAGGAGUGGGGGCUGCUGGACCCGUCGCAGAAGGAGCUGUAUUGGGACGUGAUGCUGGAGAAGUACGGCUCCGUGGUCUCCCAGGGGUUGCCGCCUCCCCUGCCGGACUCGCGGGCCGAGUUGGAGUUGGAGCCGGGGUCGCCGAGUUCGGGGGCCGAGGGCCCGGGAAGCCUCCGCCCGGGAGCUGAGCGCGAGGGCCCGUCCGGGUCAGCCGCGUCGGGGCCGACCCCGGAGCCGGAGGCGCGCGGCAAGCGCUACACCUGCGAGCAGUGCGGCUGCGGCUUCGACUGGAAGUCGGUGUUCGUCAUCCACCACCGCGCGCACCGGGGCGGGCCGGGCGCCCCGAAGCCGCUGCAGGGGCCCCGCGAGCCGGGCGCCCCGCGCCCCCCCCGGCGCGCGCCCCCCGCCCGGAGCUACACGUGCGCCGAGUGCGGGCGCGGCUUCAGCUGGAAGUCGCAGCUCGUGAUCCACCGCAAGAGCCACGCCGCCCACCAGCGCCACGUGUGCGGGGACUGCGGCCGCGGCUUCGACUGGAAAUCCCAGCUGGUCAUCCACCGCCGAGGCCACCGGCCGCGGGACCCGUGAGGCGGGCGGAGGAGGCAGGAGCGGCCGCGUUUCCAGGAAGUUCCCUCCCGAAAGCCGCUCUCCCCUCCCUGACGGGGCGCCAAGGGGGCCUCCUGGCCCCCUCCUCCCGCCUGACUGAGGAGGCUGCCGGCCUCUCCUGCCCCUGGACCAGGGGACCCCGUGACGUGCUCAGCAGCCACCUCCCCUGUCCGGACCGCGGGGGGGCGGGGGGGGUCAUGCCCCCUGCGGCUGUGGGUCUCCCAUGAAUUCCCUUUAGGAGUCGGGCGGUUUCUGGAGCGACCCUGGCCUCUGGCCCUCUGGUCAGAUCAGCUCCUCCUCCCGCCUGGCAGCAGGGGAGGUCCGGGCUCCUGGUCCCGCCUUCCUUGCUCCCAGGCUGCCCGGCAUCUCCCGCCUUGUCCUUCAGCUCCUGAGCCCCAGUUUGAGCGGACACUAAGGGGACUUACUUUUUUAAAAACUGACUUUAAGAGAAGGGGAAGGAAAGGGAAACAUCAAGUGGCUGUUCCACUCGUGUGUGCAUUCGCUGGCCGGUUCCUCUGUGCCCUGGCCGGGCUCACAUCCAAACCUUGCCUUCAGGGACCACACUCCAGCCUACUGAGCUACGGGUCAGAGCAGGGACUUCUUUUAUUUCCUGUGACAAGCUUAUUUAUUUAUUGUUUAUCUCAUGUCAUGGAACAUAUUCGAUCUUGUUGUUUAAACUUUAAAGUUUUUUUUUUGGUCUAAAGUUUUACAUGUCUCCUUUUUCUCCAAUUGCCCUCCCCCCCCCCCCCCCGCGCCAUUCCCACCCGGGGCAAGCCUCCACCGCCCCAGUGUCUGUGCCCUUUGGUUGUGCUCAUAUGCAUGCAUACAAGUCCUUUGGUUGCUGUCUAACUCUCCUUCCCCUGCUAUUUGUCUCUGGAUCAAUGCUUGUUCAUCAGUUUAUGUUGAUCAUUAUAUUCCACAUAUGAAUGAGAUCAUGUGAUGUUUAUCUUUCUCCGACUGGCAUAUUUCACUUAGCACAAUGCUCUCCAGGUCCAGCAGGGCCUUCUUUAAGCGUGGGGAGGCAAGGACCUCUGAGGAAAGGCC